AUGUCUCAAAAAAGGAUGAUCCAUACUUUUUAUUUCUUCUUCCUUUUUCACACCUGGGUACAUCCAUCGCCGAUCGCACAACCACAAGCGGUGACGGCAGUAGUAACUCCACAGCAACCCCCACCACUGGGAUGCAUAGGAACAUUCCCUGGUAUCUUUGGUAUUGCACUGAUCAAUAUCUCUUUACCUUCCUCGUCUUCGGAGUCCAGCAGUGCUGCUGCCGGAAAACUGCGCGCGAGACAACAGCCGCCAGCUCCGAUCUUGACCAUGGGCUCCAUCUUCCAGAUCGGCGACGGUCAGGUCCAAGGAGGAAUGCACACGGCAACCAUCACCAUAGUGACUCCUGUGGCUCCCGUGUCUCAGAUCAGUGACGGGCAGAUUCAGGGCCCCGUCGUUACAGAUGUGCCUGUCGUUGCUAUGAUGGAACCACAGGCAACGGCGUCAUCGCUAGCCCCGAGUUCGAAUGUUGCCGUUCCUGUUCCUUUUCCUCUACAAGUGGUAAAUCCAUCUGUUGUACCGAGCAAGCCGCCGACGGUGCUUGGACAAGCGUGCAGCAUCUCUACUCACCGGGUCCCGACCCCCAGCCCAAGAGCCUCGUCACCAUCGCCAUCGUCGGGCCUUGAACUAAGCAUAUUACCCACCCAGGCCUCGUCAUCAAAUCCGGCAUCCCUCAACGGUGGUAGUACCAUCUCCGCCGCUGCGUCGUCGUCGUCAUCGUCGUUCACUUCCUCCUUAUCAGGUCCGAUACAAUCGCAAACCCUAUCCAUGGUAUCAUGUCUCACAAGCUCGACGCUCCGCCUCACUCUGACAAACAACAGUCUAUACGACGCAUUCAAUCGCACCGGCUACAUCGCGUCGAACUACCAGUUCCAAUUCGACGGUCCGCCCCAGUCUGGCGCCAUCUAUACUAGCGGGUGGAGCAUCUGUCCUGUCACUAACACCAUAAGCUCCUCUGGCGCUGAGGGCGGCGGCAACAUUGACAAUGGCGGGGACGGUAUGCGCACGCUUGCGCUCGGCGGAACCACCACUUUCUGGCAGUGUCUCAGUGGCGACUUUUAUAAUCUAUACAUUGAUAAUUGGGCCGCUCAGUGUAGUCCCGUGGAGCUGCGGAUUGUCAGGUUAGUCGAAUGCAGUGGUCAGACUUAG